AUGUCGUCGUACCUCAACAACCUCCUCACGACUACUACGUCACGCUACAACUCGCUCCGCCGGCAGCUGCUCUCCGACGAAGCAGACGGCGACACCGAAGACGACUCGCACAUUUCCCGCGUCCUCCGCGCAUACUACACAGAGAAAGGACGGCCAUUCCCGCCAUGGCUGCCGCCCGAUCCCAAAGCCCCGCAGGCCGCGCCCGCGCAGUUCGUGUCUUCCGCAGGACGAGGGUACGGCAACAUGGGACCAGCACAGAUGGGCCGUGGAGGCGCAAGCUUGAACGAUCUAUGGGAUGCGCCGUCGCAGCCCCAGCAGCAGGAGCCUAUGUCGCUCCGCCGCGCCCAAGGGCGGGGAGGAGGCGCGCGCCGCCCCGGCAUGGGCGAUUCAUAUUCCCCGGAACCGCAGGUGCAGGGCAGGCCGCUGCCGAGUCAGCGGGCCGGGAGCUAUCAGAGCGCAUCGUCGUUCCGCCCUGCUGAGCCAUCGCCUCCACCCAGCGCCGGUUCGGGAGUUACAGCACAGGAGAGGCUCAAGGCGAGGCUGUGGGGCGCUGGGAGGUCGACGAGCCCGGCGCAGAGCGCGCCAUCAUCAGCAAGUACAAGUCCAGCGCCCGGCGGAUCAUCAAUGCGAGGCCCAUUUGACCGACCCGGUGGAGGAAACCGACCACCGUAUCCCGAAGAUCGCAGCAGCGGAUACUCUAGCGGCGGUGGAAGGCAGCAAAAUACACCCGGCACCUCUUCGAAUGCGCCCUGGUCAGGCGAAUACGACCCAUAUUCGUCUGCUGGGGGAGUGGGAGGGGGAGGGUACGGCGGUGGUUCGCAGCGUCCUGGCGCUGGUGGAGGCCGCGUUGGCCUGCCGAGCGGGCCACGCAUGCGCUCGUGA